CCAGACAAAUAUGCAUUGAUAAAGUUCAUAAGGUAUGUAUGUUAAUACAUUGAUAAAGUUCAUAAGGUAUGUUACAGUUUAAAAAUAAAGGUUUAAAAACUCUUAAAAGUACCGGAGUAUAAGUUAAAAACAAGUAAAGUAUAAAAUGCUUUUGAUGUAUUGUAUUUCUGUUUUAUUGUGAAAAGCUAACAGGAAGUGCUGUGUAUGCAACCGCUGCUAGUCAUUGGCUGUAGCUUGACGUGAGUGAGAGAGGAGAGGUGAUGCGCUAAUUUGACCGGGAGAGACGGCAAUGUGUGCGCCGCUGUUCGAGUGAAUGAAUGAAAGAGUUGUGUUGAUCAUUAACCCAAUGGUCGGUAAUGUACCCUCGUUUCAUGUUUUUUGGAUUACCUAUGGACAUUUCAGCUCGAAGUCUGUCCUUCAGUAGGGUGUUUUGUGGUACUUUGAAGCGGUUUAGCACACAGACUUUUAACAUUCGCUAGCUAAGUGGAUGCUUUGCACGAGGACUAGUUUAGCUAACUCAGCUUGCUAAUGCUACUUUUCAUCAUUCCGGCCUGGAGGUGAAGCUCGUGAUGGUCGUGACCGAAGUGCUAAGAGACUGCUAGAAGAGUGCCUUUGGAUUGUAUUUUAUUUUAUUUUUCCUCCGGACAUCGCUCACGGGAGUCUAUGCCUGGACCAGCAGACGGGGAUUUCGCCGCCAUCUUAGGACACGGGGUUUGUUUCCUCCUCUUCCAGUGAACUUGGACCACGCACUGAACUACUUAAACCGGUACUGUUUAUUUUGUCUGCUCAUAGCGUGAAGCAUCCGUUAAGUUUGGACCCCAUCGCUCCCAAGCAUCGCUCAGGCCUGCAACUAUAAGGUUUCUAUGGUUAAAUAAGCCGGCUGGUGUGAGUGUGUGUGUGAUUGGUGAGUGGGCCCCUCACAUAGUUUAUUACAGUAUAAAAUCUAAGAGCAGAUGUGAAUAUUGUUUGCUUACAUGUUAAGUAAAUUAUAAGUUUUGCAUUUAACUUACUGUUUGGUCAUUUUGCCUGUUUUUAAGUGUGUGUGUGUGUCUGUGAUCGGUUCACUGAGAGUGUUAAAGGUGUAGUAAGUAAUAUAACACUUUAAAGAGUACAUAGGUAGGACUUAAGAGGCAGUAAAUUAAAUAAAGUAGUUGACCUAUAUUAGUCUCUAAUAUUACAUAGAAAACCUAGGAAGCCCUUACCUAGAACAGUGGGUAGAGGUGGGCUACAUAAAUGGAGGCACCGCUGGGAUUAUAUUGAGAUCAAUUGGGAUAGAUUUACUUUAUUUUCUGCGCUUGGGUUCCUACAGUCACAGUUUGAGCUAUAAUUUCACACUUAAUAUUCACAUUUUCACACAUAUAACAUGGCAAGCACAAUGGUUGACAAACUGAAGAAGUGGUGUCGUGGAGAAGCGCUUGAUGAGAGCCGUGCCCUGCUGACAGUCGUCCCUGAAAACACAGAGAUAGCAGUUAUUGAAGAAACAAUGCAAACCAUUAAGUGUCUUGGUCGAGUCCGAGUCAGAGGGCGGAUUUUUAGUGAUACAGACAAUGAAAUGCUCGUGCUUUGUGAAUGCAGAGAGACAGUCACUGCAGAGAAUGUCCCACCGGAAGUGACAGCACCUGAAGGUUCGACAGCCUGGUCAAUUAUCACUGCAUUUAAUAAGCCCAAGCCUCAGGAUGACUUUAACAUCAAACUGAAUGCUCUCUUACAGACAGAGGGAAAAACAAUGAAUGAUGUACAAGCUCUAUUCACUGAGUCACAACAUACCCCCUCUCCUGAAGAGUCCCUCAUUCGUGCAGUUACCGAUCUAAUAGACAAGACAAACAAACCUGCUGCAGAGAGCGGAGGGUAUCGCCGCCUGCGCGUCUUUUCAGGUAUUGUACCUACUCUGGCUGGAGAGGAACAGUUUGACCAUUGGUUAGAGCAAGCUUACCUGAUGGUUGAGGAAAGUGAUGGCUCUGACAAAGACAAAAGGAGAAGGAUAAUGGAGAGUUUAAAGGGGCCAGCUCUGGAAGUGAUCAAAGCAAUACGCUUAUCAGAUCCUGAUGUUACUCCAGUAAAGUGCUUAGAAGCCCUCGAAAGUGCUUUUGGACUAGCUGAGUCUGGUGAUGACCUGUAUUUCUCCUUCAGACUCUUACAGCAGCAACCUGUUGAAAAGCUGUCGGAUUUCCUCAGAAGGCUUGAGCGUGCACUGACCAAAGUUGUACAACGAGGUGGUCUGCCAGCCAGCAAUAUGAACACAGCCAGAGUCGACCAGCUACUUAAAGGGGCAGUCAAUGCUGACUUAAUGUUGUUGCAACUCAGAUUAAGAGAGAGGCGAGCCAAACCUCCAACGUUCCUAGAGCUGUUAAAAGAAAUCCGGACAGAAGAGGAGUACGAAGCUUCCAAAGUAAAGCUUAACCAGUCAGUCCACACUGUCCAUGCCAAAGUUCAAGCAGAGAACAAACAGUCAGAAAUACAAAACCUGCGAGCAGAAAUAAAGGAAGUCAAGUCAAUGUUUGCAGCUCUCGCCACUCAACCUCAGCCUGAAGUGGAAGCUACUGAAAAGUGUCCAUCCAACACUGAUACAGCAUCAAGCUUGGAUCCUGAACUAGUAGCACUGAAAAAACAAGUCAAACACUUACAGCAAAAAGUGAAUUCAAAGACUCCAAGACAACAAAACCCAGCUCCGCAAGUUGUAAUGGCGGUUAGCACACCAGCUAAGCACUCAACUGAGAGCGAAGAACGCUUUUGCUACCGUUGUGGCGAAAAUGGUCAUAUGGCAGGAAAAUGUAACAGACCUGAAAACCAAAACAAAGUUAUUCAGAGAUUGCUCCAAGCACUCAAGAAAGCCAAGACCAACAGCCCACAGCCCAAAGCUGAACCUACACCUUCUACCGAUCUUAACUGCACAGUGAGAAAAAGUGCUGUAGAUCUGCUGGAGCCCAUAGGUAUACCAGAAGGCUUAAUUGGCCCACCUUCAGUGGAGCCAUUGAAAGUAAAUGGACAUCUAUGUGAUGCACUAUUGGACAGUGGUUCCCGUGUUAGCAUCAUUUUCGAGUCCUGGUACAGAAGAUACUUGUCAAACACACCCAUCCACUCAGUGAACAAGCUUGACAUAUGGGGCCUAAGUGACGCUAGCUACCCCUACCUUGGCUAUGUGGUGGUGGACAUGGAGUUCCCAAAGAAAGUGACUGGAGCCCCAACAAUCAUGUCUGUUCUAGCCCUGAUUUGUCCCGAUCCACCAGGUCCUGAUCAGACACCUGUCAUCAUAGGGACUAAUGCCAAAGCUAGUCUCUCCAAACGCUUGGCUCAGCUAUGCAGUGACACCCCUGGCAUUCCAGCCCAUGCUUUUGGCAUUCAGAGCUCUUGCGCCAGUACAAAGACAAGCAUCCCCACACCAACCCCAGAAGAGGAUGAUGGAGUAGGCUUUGUAAAGUGGGAAGGCCCUGGACCUCUGACCAUACCUGCAGGGGGCAGCCUCAAAGCUACCUGUACUGUCAUGCUAGAUCAGCCUCUCCCUAAAGAAAUCCUUAUGGUUGAAUCCUCAGCAACUAAUCCACUACCUGCAGAAGUGUUACUUCAGCCUAUGGUAAUACCAAGUAGUGCUAUUGAGGACAACCGAUGUAUGGUCCUGAUUCAAAAUGAGUCGCUAAAGAAUAUAAACUUACCUGUCGGCACUAUUGUCGGGCGCCUCUGUGUCGCUGAUGUUGUCACCACAGUGCCCUGCCAUCAGUCUAAGUCCGAACAUUUUGACACCAGUCAGAUCGACUUUGGGGAGUCGCCAGUUCCUGAACAAUGGAAGACAAGCCUACGUCAAAAGUUAGCACAAAGAGCAGCAGUCUUCUCUCUGGAUGAGCUUGAUGUAGGAUUAGCCAAAGGAGUCGAGCAUAACAUCCGUAUGUCCGAUCCAAGACCAUUCCGUGAACGCUCCCGACGCAUUGCUCCUGCAGACAUUGACGAUGUGCGCCGUCACAUUCAGAAACUGCUAGCAGCAGGUAUUAUCAAAGAGUCCAGAAGCCCAUAUGCGUCCCCAAUCGUGAUUGUCAGAAAGAAGAACGGAGACGUCAGGAUGUGUAUAGAUUACCGCACACUGAACAGCCGUACUAUACCUGAUCAGUACACCACGCCACGCAUUGAUGAAGCACUUGAUUGCCUCUCAGGUAGCAAGUGGUUCUCUGUUUUGGAUCUGAGAAGUGGCUACUACCAGAUCGCCAUGAAAGAGGAGGACAAGGAAAAGACGGCCUUUAUCUGUCCUCUGGGUUUCUAUCAGUUUGAGAGAAUGCCCCAAGGUAUCACUGGAGCACCCGCAACAUUCCAACGCUUGAUGGAGAAAGCAGUUGGAGACAUGAACCUCCUUCAAGUCCUCGUAUAUUUGGAUGAUUUGAUAGUGUUCGGCCGAACAUUGGAGGAACACGAGGAAAGGCUGCUGAAGGUCCUCGACCGACUUCAGGAAGUAGGUCUUAAGAUUUCAGUUGACAAGUGCCAGUUCUGCCAGACAAAAGUCAAGUACGUCGGCCACAUAGUCUCAGCUGAUGGUAUUGCUGCUGACCCAGCAAAGAUCGAAGCAGUUGCUAGCUGGCCCAGACCCCACAACCUGAAGGCCCUGCGAUCCUUCUUAGGCUUCUGUGGCUACUACAGACGAUUUAUCAAGAGCUACUCGUCAAUUGUUCGACCUCUGACCGACCUUACCAAGGGAUACGCUCCCACACAGCGAGGGAAAAGCCCUAAAAAGAAACAAAACAAUAUCUACCUUGAUGAGAAGGAACCGUUUGGAGACAGAUGGGAUGAGUCAUGCACCGAGGCUUUCGGAAAGAUCAAACAUUGUCUCACAAACGCCCCAGUAUUGGCUUUCGCCGAUCCAAACAAGCCAUAUGUAUUGCAUGUUGACGCAAGCCUAAGUGGACUUGGGGCCGUCCUUUAUCAAGAGCAUCCAGAAGGACUGAGACCCGUGGCAUUUGCAAGUCGCAAACUGAGCCCCUCUGAAAGGAACUACCCCAUCCACCAAUUGGAGUUCCUGUCCUUAAAAUGGGCGAUAGUUGAGAAGUUCCAUGACUAUCUAUAUGGAGCCCGCUUCACGGUGCGCACUGACAACAAUCCGCUAACGUACGUCCUCACCACUGCCAAACUUAACGCAACAGGACAUCGGUGGCUUUCAGACCUGUCAGUGUACGAUUUCGACAUCAUCUACCGACCUGGACGGAACAAUAUUGAUGCAGAUCUGUUGUCCAGGAUGGAACCAAGAGACGAGGCGGAGUGGCAAAGUAUCUCGCACUCUGGGGUUAAGUCAAUCUGCCAGCGUGUUGGGGCUCUUGGCUCUCCUACAGACUCACCCAAGUACGCUGAGCAACUUGGAGCUCCUCCUGAUUGCAUCCCUGAAGUGUAUGCCUACCCCACACGCAUGCAACUGAACACCUUAAGCCAAAUGUCCCGACAAGAGCUGAGCACAGCCCAAAGUCAAGACACAAUAAUACAGACUACCAUGCAGGCCAUGAACUCUGGCAAGUGGCCCGAAGAUGUAAAGUCAAAUCCGGAAAUGCAAGCCAUGAAAAGAGACAUUGCAAAGCUAGUCAUGAAAGAUGGACUACUGCACCGUGUAAGUACUAGCCACACAGGAAAACAGACCAACCAACUUGUACUGCCAACCAAGUUCAGGACAGAUGUGCUUAAGUCCAUGCACGAUGAUCUUGGCCAUUUAGGAGUGGAGAGAACCACAGACAUGCUUAGAAGCAGGUUCUUCUGGCCAAGAAUGGCCAUGCAUGUGGAGCAGUACAUAAAAAACUGUGGAGAGUGUGUUCUAAGGAAAACUCCAUGCCAAAGAGCUGCACCCCUGCACCAGAUCGUGAGCACAGGCCCAAUGGACCUUGUCUGCAUAGAUUUCCUCUCUAUGGAACCUGACUCAAAGGGAAUAAGCAAUGUGCUAGUGGUGACAGACCACUUUACAAGAUACGCCCAAGCUUUUCCCACUAGAAACCAAACGGCUCUCACAGUCGCCAAAAUCCUUGUGGAAAAGUAUUUCAUCCACUACGGUUUACCCACACGUAUCCAUUCGGAUCAAGGCAGAGACUUUGAAUCCAGACUCAUUAAAGAGCUUUUGAAAUUACUGGGAAUACGGAAGUCCCGUACAACGCCGUAUCAUCCCCAGGGUGACCCGCAACCUGAACGCUUUAACAGAACCCUACUGUCAAUGCUAGGCACCCUAAGUCAAGAGAAGAAACGCCGAUGGAGCCAGCAUGUUGUCCAUCUCGUACAUGCUUACAACAGCACCAAAUGCGACUCCACUGGUUACUCCCCUUAUUUCCUUAUGUUCGGGCGAGAGGCCAGGCUUCCUGUUGAUCUGUGCUUUGGCACCUGCCCAGAUGACAAAGGAGAUACACAGCACUUAGCAUAUGUCACCAAGCUGAAGGAAGACUUACAAAAGGCGUACAAAAUGGCUGCCGAAGUCUCCAACAAGACUCACCUUCGCAACAAGAAAGCCUAUGACAAAAGAUUGGGAUUCCAGAACCUUCAACCAGGGGACAGAGUCUUGGUAAAAAACCUUGGUCUGAAAGGGAAGCACAAACUUGAAAAUCGUUGGAAUGAUAUCCCCUACGUCAUACUCGAGCGACUACCAAACUUACCAGUGUACAAGUUGAAACCCCAAAAUGGCACUGGAAAAGUGAAAACCUUACACAGAGACAAUCUCUUACCAAUUGGAGAUCUUGUGAGAAUCCCGAUGCAAGAUGAAGUGGAAGAGGUGCAAAGGAAGCCACCUACCCGAAGAAGUCUGCGCAGUGAGCAUACUCCUGUCGUACAUUCAGCACAAAUGGAGAGCGGGUUGUCAUCCGAUUCUUCUGAUUUUGAGUAUGCAAGACCUCAAAGAUCCUACAGAACUUACCUUGAGCAGCUACUCAAAGAGAGAAAUGAAACCAGUCAUGAUGUACCUAAACAGAGAGAAAGGAACGUGUCUAUGAAUGACACUGUCUCGCAAGGAGAUCAUCCUGUUGAAGAGGACCAGGACCAAGAUAGUGCCCCUGGGUCAGAUUCAGAGCCUGAACCUGCUUCCAGUGAAGACGACACCCGACAACCAAGUCCUCACAACAUAAUACUGACACGAACACCUUCUAGACCCAGACGUACAGUUAAACCUGUCGUUAAACUCACUUAUGAUCAACCAGGUAAAUCCACAGAUCAACCUUUAACUAUAGUACACAGAGGUAUUACCAUACACAUUGGUAGAAAUUGAUCGCACCCUUCACAUAGUUGUAGUUGUUUGUCUGAUGAGGACAUCAGAUAUUUAGAAGGGGGAGGGUGUAACCCAGACAAAUAUGCAUUGAUAAAGUUCAUAAGGUAUGUAUGUUAAUACAUUGAUAAAGUUCAUAAGGUAUGUUACAGUUUAAAAAUAAAGGUUUAAAAACUCUUAAAAGUACCGGAGUAUAAGUUAAAAACAAGUAAAGUAUAAAAUGCUUUUGAUGUAUUGUAUUUCUGUUUUAUUGUGAAAAGCUAACAGGAAGUGCUGUGUAUGCAACCGCUGCUAGUCAUUGGCUGUAGCUUGACGUGAGUGAGAGAGGAGAGGUGAUGCGCUAAUUUGACCGGGAGAGACGGCAAUGUGUGCGCCGCUGUUCGAGUGAAUGAAUGAAAGAGUUGUGUUGAUCAUUAACCCAAUGGUCGGUAAUGUACCCUCGUUUCAUGUUUUUUGGAUUACCUAUGGACAUUUCAGCUCGAAGUCUGUCCUUCAGUAGGGUGUUUUGUGGUACUUUGAAGCGGUUUAGCACACAGACUUUUAACAUUCGCUAGCUAAGUGGAUGCUUUGCACGAGGACUAGUUUAGCUAACUCAGCUUGCUAAUGCUACUUUUCAUCAUUCCGGCCUGGAGGUGAAGCUCGUGAUGGUCGUGACCGAAGUGCUAAGAGACUGCUAGAAGAGUGCCUUUGGAUUGUAUUUUAUUUUAUUUUUCCUCCGGACAUCGCUCACGGGAGUCUAUGCCUGGACCAGCAGACGGGGAUUUCGCCGCCAUCUUAGGACACGGGGUUUGUUUCCUCCUCUUCCAGUGAACUUGGACCACGCACUGAACUACUUAAACCGGUACUGUUUAUUUUGUCUGCUCAUAGCGUGAAGCAUCCGUUAAGUUUGGACCCCAUCGCUCCCAAGCAUCGCUCAGGCCUGCAACUAUAAGGUUUCUAUGGUUAAAUAAGCCGGCUGGUGUGAGUGUGUGUGUGAUUGGUGAGUGGGCCCCUCACAUAGUUUAUUACAGUAUAAAAUCUAAGAGCAGAUGUGAAUAUUGUUUGCUUACAUGUUAAGUAAAUUAUAAGUUUUGCAUUUAA